CCUCCUCCCAAGGUCCCCUCCUUCUUAGGUCUCCUCCUCCAGACUCUAACGCCGCUAAGUUUCUUCACUCGGGACCGCGCACAGGGCUGUGUGCGCGAGCUGUGUGCCGGUUGCCCGGUUCUCGCUCACAGAUCCCCGGGCUCGGCUGGCCCCGGGCCCUUCGAGACCAUGCUGUGCGAUUGCUGGAGGAGGAGCUGCCGCUCGCCCGAGGAACCCCGGGUGUCCGCCCAGGUCACAGCGCCCCUCGCGUUCCCGCCCUCGCCCGCGUCAUCGGACAGUGGCACCAAGAGGCCUGGGCUGCGGGCACUGAAGAAGAUGGGUCUGACAGAGGAUGAGGAUGUCCAAGCCAUGCUGCGUGGCUCCCGGCUCCUCAAGAUCCGCUCCCGCACGUGGCACAAGGAGCGGCUGUACCGGCUGCAGGAGGACGGCCUGAGCGUGUGGUUCCAGAGGCGCAUCCCGCGCGCGGCUUCGCAGCACAUCUUCUUUGUGCAGCAUAUCGAAGCUGUCCGGGAGGGCCAUCAGUCGGAGGGCCUGCGGCGCUUCGGGGGCGCCUACGCGCCUGCACGCUGUCUCACCAUCGCCUUCAAGGGUCGCCGCAAGAACCUGGACCUGGCUGCGCCCACUGCGGAGGAGGCGCAGCGUUGGGUGCGAGGGCUGGCCAAGCUGCGGGCGCGCCUGGAUGCCAUGAGCCAGAGAGAGCGGCUAGACCACUGGAUCCAUUCCUAUAUGCACCGGGCCGACUCGGACCAGGACAGUAAGAUGAGCUUCAAGGAGAUCAAGAGCCUGCUUAGGAUGGUCAACGUGGACAUGAACGACAUGUAUGCCUACCGCCUCUUCAAGGAGUGCGACCAUUCCAACAAUGAGUGCCUGGAGGGGGCUGAGAUUGAGGCGUUCCUACGGAGGCUGCUGAAACGGCCUGAGCUGGAGGAUAUCUUCCGCCGCUACUCGGGCGAGGACCAGGUGCUGAGUGCCUCUGAGCUGCUGGAGUUCUUGGAAGACCAGGGCGAGGAUGGUGCCACCCUGGCCUGUGCCCAGCAGCUUAUCCGGGCCUAUGAGCUUAACGAGACAGCCAAGCAGCACGAGUUGAUGACGCUGGACGGCUUCAUGAUGUAUCUGUUGUCGCCCGAGGGGGCCGCCCUGAACGUGGCUCACACGUGUGUGUUCCAGGACAUGGACCAGCCCCUGGCUCACUACUUCAUCUCGUCCUCUCACAAUACCUACCUGACUGACUAUCAGGUGGGAGGGACCAGCAGCACAGAGGCCUACAUUAGGGCCUUUGCCCAGGGAUGCCGCUGUGUGGAACUUGACUGCUGGGAGGGGCCGGGAGGGGAGCCCAUUAUCUACCACGGCCACACACUCACCUCCAAGAUCCUCUUUCGAGAUGUGAUCCAAGCCGUGCGUGACCACGCUUUCACGUCGUCCCCGUACCCUGUCAUCCUAUCCCUUGAGAACCACUGUGGGCUGGAACAGCAGGCUGUCAUGGCCCACCACCUUCGAAGCAUCCUGGGAGACAUGCUGGUGACACAGGCCUUGGACUCCCAGAACCCUGAGGAACUGCCUUCUCCUGAGAAGCUGAAGGGCCGCGUCUUGGUGAAAGGGAAGAAACUGCCAGCUGCUCGCAGUGAGGAUGGCCGACUAUUAUCGGACAGGGAGGAUGACGAGGAGGACGAAGAGGAAGCAGAAGAGGCAUUAGAGGCCGCAGAGCAGAAGAAGCGAGGAGCCAAGCAGAUCUCCCCGGAGCUCUCAGCGUUGGCUGUGUAUUGCUGUGCCACCCGCCUGCGGACCCUGAACCCCGGUUCUUUGCCGCCUCAGCCUUGCAAGGUUGGCUCUCUCAGUGAGCGCAGGGCCAGGAAGUUCACCAGGGAGGCAGGGACCAGCUUUGUCAGGCACAACACUCGGCAACUGACCCGAGUGUACCCGCUCGGGCUGCGGAUGAACUCGGCCAACUAUAAUCCCCAGGAGAUGUGGAACUCAGGCUGCCAGCUGGUGGCUCUGAACUUUCAGACUCCCGGCUACGAGAUGGACCUCAACACCGGGCGCUUCCUCAUAAACGGGCAGUGUGGCUAUGUCCUGAAACCUGCUUGCCUGAGGCAACUCCACACGACCUUUGACCCCGAGUGCCCUGGACCCCCCAGAACGACUCUGACAGUCCAGGUGCUAACGGCCCAGCAGCUGCCCAAGCUGAACGCAGAGAAGCCCAGUUCUAUUGUGGAUCCUCUGGUGCGAGUGGAGAUCUAUGGGGUGCCCGCAGACUGUGCCCACAAGGAGACAGACUAUGUGCUCAACAAUGGCUUCAAUCCCUCCUGGGAGCAGACCCUGCAGUUCCAACUGCGGGCCCCAGAGCUGGCACUGGUCAGGUUCGUGGUAGAGGACUAUGAUGCCACCUCCCCUAAUGAUUUCGUGGGACAGUUUACGCUGCCUCUUAACAGCCUGAAGCAAGGGUACCGCCACAUCCACCUGCUCUCCAAGGAUGGAGCCUCGCUGUCCCCAGCCACGCUCUUUGUUCACAUCCGCAUCCAGAACCCUUGAGGGUCUCACUGCCUUACCCUAGGAUCAGCAGGUGCUGGUAUCAUGGAUGCAGUGCCCUCUCUGGAGCAAGGGACUAUGGGAGUACCAGCCCCUCACGCCCAGCCGGUCUUGGUCACCAGGUGCUGAGCACACCUGGGUGCUGACAGCUGUUCGGUCCCUCCGUGAGAUAGGACCGUGAUGGGUGUCCUGUGCAGGGGCCUGACUUUAGGGGCCUCCACCUCUGGGGCCAUGAGGUGGCCCCAGCUCCCUUUUGUCUUCGAUUUGAGGAGAAGGACACAUAGCCCUCUGACCUCCAGCGGGACUAUCUUAGCCUCCUUCCCCUUCCGCCUUCCUGGCUUCUCCUUCCCUUCCUGUGACAGGCGAGCGGGCAGCAGGUGAGCCCUGGGGAAAACCUAGCAGUAGGUUUGUAACUUGUGUCAUAGAAGAGCCCUGGAGAGGGCAGAAGAGUAACUGUUUUUUAAAAAUGUUUAAGAAAAAGUGAACCUUUCCACUUUAUUUCCCUAGGCCCGUUGGCAGACAGAC